AUGGGCGCGGCUCCCCGGCCCCCGGUUCCCCGGCCCCGCGCAGCGGCCCGCCCACGGGGCUCCCGACGGCACCUCGAGGAGCCGGAACUACAAGUCCCAGGGGCGCGCGUGCGAGUAGCCGCUCUGCGGUCUGGACUGCGGCCCGGGCCCGGGACCCCGUCCCCUGCCGAGCCCGGUUCCGCCUGGAGGCGCCGCCUGUCGCCCCCAGCCCCAGGCAGCCCCAGGAUCUUCCCCUCCACUCUGCACGCCUCCGUUCAUUCAUUCGUUCAUUCGUUCGCUCAUUCGUUCCCGCCCUCACGCUCUGGCCCUGCGGCUGAGGGCACAGCGGCGAGCGAGGCCAGGCCCCCGGGCUGCCUCCUGGGGGAGACCAGACCGGCGUCCGCGUUCCUGACCUGGGUCCGGGCAGGGCCGGGGAGAACGGGGACCGGGGCGCGGGCACGACUCCCCGAGGACGAGGCCGAGAAGGCGCCAGGGGGAGUCGGGGAUGCGGAGAGACGGCCGCCUCGCCGCGGAGGGAAAGGAGCCGGCAGAGCGCGCGGGAUUUCAGGCCAGGGAGCCACGAGCGCCCUUUCCCGUCUGGGUGCUGCCGGGUGUGGGGAACAGGCUCAGAAGUUCAGAGGUUCGCGCGGUCCCUCAGCGCGCUGGGCCCAGGUGGGGCUGGAGGCCCCUUCUCUCCGCCGGAUCCGGCACCUGCCUCCACUGAGCAUCCGCGGAGCCGCUCGGGACCGCCGGGCAGGCCGAGACACAGGGGCCGCCGGCUCCGGAGCGUGUGCCGCUCCUGACCUGCGACUUUCACCCUGUCCCCGCAAGGCAAUGGGUGAAGCCCGUCACUCCCGAGCUCGGUAACUGUUGGCUCUCCCGGGGUCGGCUGCACCGUAGGCGCCCAAGGGCUAGUUUGCGGACUCACCACACACGCCCGUGUCACCCAGGUGUCCCCAAAUCCGCAGACUUCUGGAGCCCCCUUCUCCUUUAAUUCCCAACUAAAACUCCCAAGUCCCCACCUGCCCCUCAUUGUCUCGUGCUUCUGGCUCGGUUCCCACCCGCACCCCCACCCCAUGCACUCCCAGCUCCCCCUCCCCCCACACGGACAGAGCCCCCCCUCUGUCCGCCCCACGCACUGCUAACUGCUCGCUGUUGUAACACAAGUUUUAAUACAACAGCUUUAUUGAGAUAUUAUUCACAUACCAUACAAUUCAUGCAUUUAAAGUUGUACGCUUUUUAGGCUGUUUGCAGAAGUGUGCAGCCAUCACCACAACCAAUUUUAGAACAUUGUUAUACCCAGAAGAAGAUCCACUGCACCCCUUAGGUGUCACCCCCCAUCCUCCCAAACCCCAGCCCUAGGCGCGCUCAUCUCCUUUGUGCCUCUGUGGAUUUGCCUGCUCGGGACGUUGCAUAUCGUGGGAAUCAGACAAUAGGUUGUCUUCUGGGACUGGCACAUUUCACUCAGCAGAAUGCCCUCGGGUUCUCCUGUGUUGUCACCUGCAUCUGGGCUUCAUCCCUUUCUAUGGCCAGUUAAAAAUAAAAGGAGAGCCACUAAAGAGCUAAUGACAAUUAAAUGCAAGACAUGAUCCUGGAUGGAAUCUAAUGAAGGAAGAGGGAAGAUGAAGUCUCAAAUGGACAUUAUUGAGACAUGGAAAACAUUGGAAUAUAGACUAUAAGCUUUAUAUCAAUGUUAAAUUUCUUGAACUUGAUAACUGCACUUAAGGUGGUUACAUAAGUGAAUAUCCUUGUUCUUAAGAAAUGUACACGGCAGCAUGAAGUGUUCAAUGACCAUGAUAUGUAUGACUACACUCAGAUGUUCAGAAAAUGAUGAUAGCUAGAUGAUAGAUGAUGGGUGGAUAGAUAGAUGGAUUAGAUAGAUAGAUGAUAGAUAGACAGAUGAUAGAGAUACAUGAUAGAUCAAUACGACAAAUGU